CGCCGCCGCCCACUUGUUCAUUCUUCUGCUCGCCUUCCUAUCCCGCGGCUGAAGUCUCACAGUAAUCAGUAUCCAAUCAAGAAACUUCAAGUAUUCAACAAUUCUGCUUAAGAAAUGGGAGCUCUGAGGAUGGUUACGAGAUCUCUGACCCGCCAUUACUCGAAGAAGAAUUCGGUACCAUUCAAAUUACAUCAUCAGUAUCAGAAUUUGAGGACGCUGAUUUUGGAGCCCUUAUCGUCGGAAUCAGUGCAGGUGCGGCGGCUCUCCGACGCCGAUUCUGGUAUAGUUGAGGUGAAUUUGCACAGGCCGGAAACGAAGAACGCGAUUGGCAACGAGAUGUUGCGAGGGUUGAGGCAUACUUUCGAGACGCUGGAGAUGGACGACGAAGCCAACGUAGUGAUGAUCUCUAGCUCCGUUCCUAAGGCGUUUUGUGCUGGGGCUGAUUUGAAGGAACGCAAGGAAAUGAUUGCAUCAGAAGUUCAGUUCUUCGUCAACUCAUUGCGAUCUACAUUUGCACUCUUAGAGGCUCUUCGUGUUCCCACUAUUGCUGUUAUUGAAGGAGCAGCAUUGGGCGGUGGACUCGAAAUGGCUUUGUCAUGUGAUCUCCGGAUUUGUGGAGAAAAUGCAGUUCUGGGAUUGCCAGAAACAGGGCUUGCUAUAAUUCCUGGGGCUGGUGGGACUCAAAGACUUCCUCGACUAGUUGGGAAAGCAGUGGCGAAAGAACUUAUAUUUACAGGGCGAAGGAUUAAAGCCAAAGAGGCAAUGUCCAUCGGCCUCGCCAAUUAUACUGUACCUGCUGGGGAAGCUCGUCCAAAAGCGCUUGAAAUUGCUCGAGAAAUCAACAGCAAGGGUCCAAUAGCGAUCAGGAUGGCGAAGAAGGCCAUCAACGAGGGUAUCGAAGUUGAUCUGCAGGCUGCACUGGACUUGGAAGAAGAGUGUUACGAGCAGCUGCUGAACACGAAGGAUCGACUGGAAGGCCUGGCAGCAUUUGCAGAAAAGCGAAAGCCGAGAUACAGAGGGGAGUAAUGGUGGAAGUACCCCCUCCUUGAUACUUUUGCUGGCACAACCAGUUUCUAGGGAAGUUUGCGCUAAUCUACUUGAGCUUUGACAUCGAUUCGUGCAUGUUAUGUUGCUAUGAAGCUUGAAGUGUGCACAUAUUCACCGUUCAUUGUAAUGAUGACGAUGAUUAUGAUCCGUGUCAUACUUUGAUGUGGCUGGCUGGCUGCUGUGUUUCUAUAUUGCUUGUGCUGUCGUAGCCUACUAAUCGGUUUAUACGGGUUGAACUGCAUAUUGUUGAAUUUCUCUGCCAAAGCUCUUGGGCCUCCUAACACACUGUAUCCACUUCACAUUGAAUUGGCUUGCAUGUAUUGUAUCAUUUCGUCUAAUUUCGUUUCUUCCAUCAAAUGGAUAAUUAGGCUACCGUGGCACUUGAAUAUUAGGGCUAGAACGUUUCUUCCAUCAAAUCAAAGAAAAGAAAUGACAUAUAAAACU